AUGAUUUAUUUUAAAUAACAGAAUAAUUUAUUUUAAAUAAUAUAAUAAUUUAUUUUUUAAAAUUAACAUAAAAUGUGUAAAAUAGUGUAAAAUAAAUGUUCGAUGGUACUAUAAGGGGACCAAGAGUAAUAAGUUUAUCUGGCUCCUCGUUUCAAACUUCUUCAGGGCCAAACCGCAAAACUCAGGCAAGAUUUGAUGUUUACUCCUCAAUUAGAAACAAAGCUGCUAAAAAAAUCAAAGAUUCUCUUCUAUCCAAACUCUACUAUAAACAACAAAUCAAGCUACUAAAGUUCGACCUAGCUGAUUUGAUUUCGGAAGUAAAUAAAUUUUUCUUAGAUUUUAAUUUGGUUGAAAAUUGGGGAAUUGACCAAGUUGUAUCGUACCAUCCUAUUUUGAGAUUAAUACGCAUAAUCACUGCAAUUCAUGGUAAUUUCCCUGAUUUAAUUUCAAAUUCUUUAAAAAAUGACUCUGUAAAAUUUAUAAUUAACUGGUGUAAUUUACCAAUUUCACAUUAUUCCUUCGUUUUUCUCCUGGAAAAUGACCAGACGAGAACACAAUUUAUACUUCUGAUAACUAGAUAUGUUCGGUUAUUUUAUAAGUUUGAGCCUCAUUUGGAACUUAAAAAUGCUUUAAAAGUUCAAAAUUUGGUCCUGAAACUCGAACCCUUGAGCCUGGAUGAACAACAGUUCAUCAAGUUUAUGAGAAUAAUAAUUAGUAAGUUCCCCUACAGAAAUGUCGAUAAUAUUAAUUUUUAUUGUAAAUUAGUCACAAAUUGGUACCCAAAGACUCUAGUUAGAGCUCUUUUAACUGGAGAUUGUUUGCAAGAAUUGUUUGGUUUGAGCAUAUUUUUAAAGCCUUUGAUCAAUGACGUCAAGGAGGCUUUUGAAUUGUUUGUUAAAUUUUGGUCUGCCCCUCAGCUCACUGUACCAAAAGAACAUCUGUUAGAGGUGUUGAAGAGUACAAUUCAUGAGAAUUUCCUCAUAGGUUCAUCAACAAUCAAUGAUCAAUCCCACACUACACAGACCAUAAAAUCUGAUUCGCCACAUUUUAGAGGCAAUAAAGGCAAUGUCAGAGAAUUUGAGGAACUGGUGGAAGAAAUGAUGAAAAACUGUUCGGAAAAAUUACCUCUGGAAAUAACCCUAAAUAGCGUUAAAAUGAAUCUCAUUGAGGAAAACCUAAAAACCGAACUACAAUCUUACACUUUCAACAAUCAUCUUCAAUUAUUACAUUACAAUCUUGUCAUUAGUAGUAAUAGUAGCUGGGAAAAUAAUACUAAUGCCAACGGCUUAAAUAAUGUGUUACCGGUGUAUUAUCAUGUAUUUUAUAAUCUGUUGAACUUGUUGAAGGCGAUUGUGGAGGAGGAUUUGUUAACUCAGAGAACUCUAUCUAAGCAACUUGAAUCUAUUUUAAACGUACUAUUUGUCACUUUUUGUCAUUUCCCCGAUCCCCCUAAUUUGUACGCUCUACAAUCCAAAUACUUCUUUUGGACAAAAUUUCUCUGCCUGCCAAACCUUAAUAGGAAUUUAAUACUGAUAAUAAUACAGUUACUGUUGCCAGUUCACCAGAAACCAUAUUUCCUCAACACAAGUUAUGAUUAUAUCUUGUACAAAUUGGUGAACUCAUUCACCACUUCUGAAGUGAAUCCGCUGGAACUCGAUUCUUCAGUUGCUAACAUUUUAUUAUCAGGAUCAACCAUAACCAUACUCUUGGUAUUGUUUAAAACUCAUUUGGCGAAGUGUUGUGAUAAUAACAUUUUAAUCCUCUUUUCACACCUCGAUCAGGAAAAUUCAAAUUAUUCAACCUUUUCUUCUUUGUGGCACGCCUUUUGUCAACUUAUUAAUCAUUCACUUAAGAUAAUGUAUGACAGUGAGAUAAUAAAGAUAGAAGAGGGAGUUCGGGCUCUGAUGAGCGUUGAGGACGCUAUUUGGGUAUCGAACAUCUUGAAUCACAUGUUCUGGUACAAACUUAACCAGAAGAGGGUUACAGAGUUCUCAUUCAGAGUUAGCGAUUUUUACCCUCACUCAAUUAUCUGCAAUUGCAACAUCGAAGUUAAGGCACCAUCCCACUAUUCGUACACCACCACCACCGUUUCUGGAGCUUCAGUUAAUUCAAUAAACAUUGCCAACACAAUGAAUACUAUGAUAAGUGAUACAUGUGUGGAAAUUGGUAAGUUGGCCCGUAAAUUUAAUGAACGAUUUUAUCGUUUGAGUGGAUCUAAUUCACCGAUGUGGAUUAUUCCUGAAGCUGAAAAAUCGAUAUUACACUUCGUUGGAAGUGAGAAUAAAUCGAAUUCAUCACAGCCGAGUGUUUUAGUAUCGCAUAUUCUGGACUAUAUACCCCACACCAUAAGCUUUAAGAACAGGUUAUUGGUGUUUUACAACUACAUAAACAAGGACAAAGCCCAAUGCAGAAACCCAAUGAUUGAUAUAAUAGGCUCAUCAGUGUAUAUUAUAAGGCGUCAGUUCAUCGUCGAGGACGGUAUUUCAACACUGGGUAACCUGAACAACCACCAGCUAAAGCAAGUUUUCAGGGUUCUAUUUGUAGACGAGAAUGGUAUAGAGGAGCAAGGGGUUGACGGCGGAGGCCUUUUUAAGGAGUUCUUAAUCACACUUUGCACCCUGAUUUUUGAUCCUACAUACGGAAUUUUCGAAGAAGUACCAGAGGAGAGAAGUUACUACCCAUGUCCAAAUUCUGGAAUUAUCCACGAAAACCACCUCGAACUAUUCUGUUUUAUAGGGAAAAUAGUCGGAAAAGCACUCUAUGAACAGAUUCUCAUUGAGCCUGUUCUAUCCCGCCUUUUACUUAACUUGAUACUUAAGAGACGUAACACUCUGGACGACUUGAAGUUAUUUGACAGCGCUCUUUAUAGAAACAUUACAAUGUUGAGGGGCAUGUCAGAAUCUGAAAUUGAGGAUUUGGGUCUGACUUUUACUUGCACAACACAAUGUUUUGGGAGCACAAUUCAGGAAGAUCUUAUCCCGAAUGGCCACAACACCAGGGUCACGAAGCAAAACCUCGAGUCCUUCAUUCAUCAAUUCUCCAACUUUAAGUGUAAUCGCAUGAUCGAGUCUCAGUGCUCUGCUUUUUUGCAGGGUCUUUCCAGUAUUAUUCCGCUUGAAUGGCUUCAGAUGUUCUCACCGUCUGAGCUAGAACUAUUAAUUUCAGGCUCCUCAGAGGCUAUUGACAUCUCAGAUUUACGGAAAAACACCGUCUAUGCAGGUGGAUUCGAUGAAAACAAUCCCACCAUUCAGUGGCUUUGGGAAAUUUUGGAUGAAUACGAUAAUAAUGAAAGGAGUUCGUUUUUAUGGUUUGUAACGUGUUGUAAGAGGUCCCCUUUGAUGGGGUUUAAGCAGUUGCAACCUCCAUUUUGCGUCCACAAGGAGCCGGAUCCAAACCGACUCCCAUCAGUCUCCACCUGUCUGAACCUGCUAAAGUUGCCCGAAUCCACCUCCAAAGAAGUUUUAAAGUCCAAAAUCGUUGAUGCAAUGUCACUCUCCAAGGGAUUCGGCCUACACUAAAUUACUUUUUACCACACCCAUUGUGCCAUAAAUAUACUAUGUACUAUAUA